AUUUCUUCAUGUCACUUGCAAAGACUGAUAGGCUUGAUGAAGGCAAAUCCAAGAUCAUUUUUAAAAAUGCUCUCCUCCAGUGUAAAGCUGAGUAUAUCAAAGGAAGGAAUAGCUCAUACCAAGAGAGAGCAGAACGGAAUAGAAUAAGAAUUCGCAAAGAAGCAAGUCACCUGCUAAUCAUCUAGAGACACAGAAAAUUAAUGAGGAUGGAUAAGAAAGGGGAAGAGAGGCUCAGACAGAAAUAACCUAGCUGUCCUUCAACUAAAACAAGCAAGAGUGAAGCAACUCGAGUCUAAAAAUCUUAAGAAAGUCAUUGCUUCUGAACGAGCUCACCAAAGAACUAUACUUGCUAAUGAGAAAUUUAAGUUAGAUACAAAGAGAAAGUUGGAGAAGAAAAAUAAAGGCUUGGAGGAAAGAUUAAUCAAUCUCAAACAUAAUAAGCAUAGGGAGUCCAACCCUGAACUACAAGACAUGAAUUCCUUCAGAUUGGCUAAUAUUCAUAAAUUAUCCAACCCAAACUCUAUCAAAGAUCAAGAGUAUUAUAAAGAUCAUAAUUAUAUUGAUCAUGAUUUCAAAGAUGAUCUUGAGGAUUUUCUUAAGCCAAAACCUAAAAACUCAAAAAGCAAGAUCUUUAAAAGAAAUGAUUCCCAAACAAGCUUGGAUAAUAUCUGCCAGGCGGCAUUGAACAAGCAUAAGAAAACUUUGAAGGAAAAAACCAUUGAAAAGUUUUAUAAAGUUGAGAAAGAUAAAACCAAAUCAAUAAUUCCUCACUUAGAAUCUUACAAAAAGGCCAAAGAGGCUGAAAAGAAUACUGCUGGAGCUUUAAAGGAGCUCAAAACUCUUCAUAGAAAGCUAAAAAGUGUAUGCAACCUGAAGGAGCAGAGGGAUACUUUUGGAGGAACCUCAGAAAGAAAACUUCCAUUUGAAGGCAAGAAAGAAAGUGUAAUGAAUAUGCAAGAGUGUGUUAAGAUAGAUAAAGUAGGGCAUCCUCUCAAGCUCAAAACUGGAUGAGAGACAGCUUUUAAAUAUCUCAAGCUCAGAGAGACAAAAAGCAAAGAUAUUGCAAUGACUCUUGCUAAUAAAAUCCAUUGUAAAGAUCCUAAUCUCGUCGAAGAUUGAGGCAGAGAUGGCUUUGUCAACCUUUAUGAAUCCCAAAUGAGGAAUAAUGAAAAAGAAUUUAAAAUGGUAGUUGAUAGAAUUAAAUAAGAAUAUUCCAAACACACAAGUUGAUAAGUACUCAGGAAUGAGAAGGAAAAGAUCAAACGAAUUUUUCAGAGAUCAUAAUGAAAUCCCCUACACAAAACCUCCUGACAACUUCUUUUACCAAAACAAGAUAGAGAAGAAUUCAUUCAUUCAAGAAAUUGAUGAAGCAGAUAAGUAUAUUGAUGAGAUCAUUGCAGAUGAGAGUAAACACAGUGAUCCUGGAGGUGACCUUGUUGAUGACCUUGCUGAAACAAAGAGAAUCAUGAAGAGACAUCAAUCAAUGCACAAGCUUUCAAAUGAAGAAGGAAAGGAAGAAAUAAUUAACGCCUUAAAGUGAUUACAAAAGAGUAUUUAUGGACCAAAAAUGACGUUUUCAAAACUUGUCAACAAUAUCCUAUUUGCCACUCGUAAAAAGAAGCAAGCAGAACAAAUCAAGAUAAGAUCUGCCAGGAAUCGUUCUCCCACCCAUGAGGACGAAGAAAUGUUGACAGAUUCCCAAAAACAAGAACGGGAAAAGGCUAAAAUUAUUGAGCAAUUCAUUUCAAAACUUCCUCCUAAAAAGAGAGGAUUUAUCAAGCACAGUAUUGAAAAAUCGGUCCUUCACCCAUCAGCCUGGAUCAAGGUCUUCUUCAAGGAUGAGAAGAGAAAGCAAGAUUUUGCACAGAGACAAUGUAAGAAUAAGCCCAAGCAAGAGAUUUCAGUUGGAAAAUUAACUACAGAACAUGAGAUUCCACAGUCAAAUUUGGAAGAUGAUAAUAGAGAUGUCUUAAAACGAUUCAUUCGACUCUUGUCUCAAUGGGAUUUAAAAUCCAAGAAAUAUGAUAAAAAGAACUCAAAAUAUGGACUCGCUGCUUUUCAUAGUGACCAAGAGAAAGAUGAGGGGGAUAAAAUAAUUAAGCUGCUGGAAGAUAAAUUGAAGAAAGCUGAAGAUAACAGAAAGAAAUUUGAAGAAAUUUCUCUCAAACCGACCAUGAUCCAUACUGCUUCUGUGGCUGAAAAACUGAGAAACUAUAACAAAGUUCAAGAAGAAACUUAUACCAAGAAAAACAGUGAUUUUGAGAAGAAGUACCUGAAGAAGAAAUCCCGGCUUUAUGACUUUUUGUAAAUUAUAGCAUCCAACAGUUCUGUGAAUAA